UGGAAUUGACGGAAGUUGCUGAAGCUGAAGCAGUCUGAUGCAUUUUGCUACCUGAGAAGCUGGGAAGAUGGGGUUUGAUUUCGUCUUCAACCGGUAGCGAGCGAUGGAAAUCUAAUUCUCUAGGAACCGGAUGAAGUUACUCACAUCUCUGAGAUCUGGGUUUGUUUCGUUUGGGGGGCAUCAGUAAUGGGGUGCUUAUACUCGACGGCUUGCAUCGGGGCAGUACCCCAUACUCCGAGGGAUCCUCGGAUUGAAGAAGGUGAAAAUGUGAGAGGAGCUGCGGGUUCCUUUCACUCUCCCGUUUCUUCUGAUGUUCAAGGAGAAGAAAGCGGGGAUCAAUUGAAUCAGCUGAGUAUCAGUAGGGAUUCUGAAAUGGGUAUAGCUCGGCUGUCGAGGGUUUCUUCGCAGUUUCUACCUCCUGAUGGGUCCCGUACAGUUAAGAUUCCUUCGGGAAACUACGAAUUGAGGUAUUCUUUUCUGUCCCAGAGAGGGUACUACCCAGAAGCUCUUGAAAAAGCAAACCAGGACAGUUUCUGCAUUUACACCCCAUUUGGGUCUAACCCUGACGACCACUUCUUCGGGGUGUUUGAUGGGCAUGGGGAAUUCGGAGCUCAGUGCUCCCAGUUUGUGAAGAGGAAAUUAUGUGAGAAUUUGCUUAAAAAUAGUCGGUUUCAUAUGGACGCCAUUGAGGCUUGUCAUGCCUCCUUCUUAGCGACUAAUUCACAGAUGCAUUCGGAUAGUUUAGAUGACAGCAUGAGUGGGACUACUGCAAUCACGAUAUUAGUUAAGGGAAGGACGUUAUAUGUUGCGAAUUCAGGUGAUUCCAGGGCUGUUAUUGCAGAGAGGAGAGGGAAGGACAUUGUGGCUGUGGACCUAUCAAUCGAUCAGACUCCUUUUCGAGCUGACGAGCUGGAAAGGGUCAAGCUUUGUGGAGCUAGGGUUCUCACUUUGGAUCAAAUAGAAGGUCUGAAGAACCCAGAUGUGCAGUGUUGGGGCACUGAAGAAGGUGAUGAUGGUGAUCCACCGAGACUUUGGGUGCAAAAUGGAAUGUAUCCUGGUACGGCUUUCACAAGAAGCAUAGGUGAUUCCAUUGCUGAGAGUAUUGGUGUUGUUGCUACCCCGGAGAUUGUUGUUUUGGAGCUCACACCAGAUCAUCCAUUCUUUGUGAUUGCUAGUGAUGGCGUGUUCGAGUUCCUUUCUAGCCAAGCUGUGGUUGACAUGGUUGUGAAAUUCAAGGAUCCUCGUGAUGCUUGUGCGGCUAUUGUUGCUGAAUCUUAUCGACUUUGGCUGCAGUAUGAAACUCGAACGGAUGACAUCACUGUCAUAGUUGUGCAUAUUAAUGGGCUCACAGAUACUGGUGUGGUUCAAUCAGCAAACCCAGAUGUUGUAAAACAUCUGCCUCAAGUUGUGGAGGUGACUGGGUCUGAAUCUCCUUCCACUGUAAGCUGGAACACUAGGAAUCAUCGCACAAGGCAUGAUCUGUCACGGGCACGUCUCCGGGCCAUUGAAUCUUCUCUGGAGAAUGGACAAGUUUGGGUUCCCCCAUCUCCAUCCCAUAGGAAGACCUGGGAAGAAGAAGCUCAUAUUGAACGGGCUUUGCACGAUCAUUUUCUCUUCAGGAAACUUACUGAUUCUCAAUGCCAUGUUUUGUUGGAUUGCAUGCAAAGAGUUGAGGUUCAGGCUGGCGAUAUUGUUGUGCAGCAGGGUGGAGAGGGUGACUGCUUUUAUGUUGUUGGCAGCGGGGAAUUUGAGGUCUUAGCUACUCAGGAAGAGAAAAAUGGAGAGGUGCCUAGGGUUUUUCAAAGAUAUACUGCUGAAAAGUUGUCAUCGUUUGGAGAGCUGGCUCUAAUGUAUAACAAACCACUCCAGGCAUCUGUUCGUGCUGUGACAAAUGGGACACUCUGGGCAUUGAAGAGAGAAGAUUUUCGGGGAAUACUUAUGUCCGAGUUCUCAAACCUAUCAUCGUUGAGGUUACUCCGAUCAGUAGAGCUUCUUUCCAGACUGACAAUCUUACAGCUGAGCCACAUUGCUGAUUCUCUUUCUGAAGUUUACUUCUCAGAUGGCCAACCGAUAGUUGAUAAGAAUCAAUGUCUCUCUGCAUUGUAUAUUAUCCAGAAGGGUCAAGUGAGAAUCACUUAUGACAUGGACCUAACCAGAAGUCCAAAUGUCUGCAGCCUCUUCUCCGGUAAUCCAGAUCAACAAGAUAGUGCUGAAGUCAAUAAAGAACUAUCAGUGGAGAAGCCAGAGGGAAGUUAUUUUGGGGAAUGGGCCCUUCUUGGUGAACACAUUGGAUCCUUAAGUGCAAUUGCAGUUGGUGACGUAGUAUGUGCUGUUUUAUCAAAAGAGAAGUUUGAUUCUGUGGUUGGACCUUUGAAAAAGCUUUCGCAAGAUGAUCAUAGGUCAAAAAAUUUAUCUUUGAGUACGUAUAUGGAAUCUUCUAAAGAUAUUGAUGCAGCCAGUUUUGCUAACAUUACAUUUGCUGACUUGGAGUGGCAGAGGUGUGUAUAUGCCACCGAUUGCAGCGAGAUUGGACUUGUCCUUCUGAGAGGUUCAGAAAAAAUGCUGAGCUUGAAAAGGUUCUUGAAUCAGAGGAUCAAACAACUUGGGAAGGAACAACAGGUCUUCAAAGAGAAAGAUCUGAUGAAAAGUUUGAGCCCAUCGCCGCAUGUCCCACAAAUCCUUUGUACUUGUGCCAAUCAAGUACAUGCAGGCAUAUUGCUAAAUGCAAGCCUGGCUUGCCCAUUGGCUUCGAUACUUCACAGCCCUCUGGAUGAAACAUCAGCACGGUUUUGUGCUGCUUCUGUCGUCGUCGCAUUAGAAGAAUUGCACAAGGGAGGGGUUCUCUAUAGGGGUGUGUCUUCGGAUGUUCUAAUGUUAGACCGGACUGGUCAUCUACAGCUAGUAGACUUCAGAUAUGGAAAAAAAUUGACCAGCGAACGUACUUUCACCAUAUGCGGGAUGGCAGACUAUUUAGCUCCUGAGAUAGUCCAGGGGAAAGGUCAUGGUCUGACUGCUGACUGGUGGGCAUUAGGAGUUUUGAUAUAUUUCAUGCUACAAGCUGAAUUGCCAUUUGGAUCAUGGAGAGAAAGUGAACUUGAUACAUUUGCAAAGAUUGCAAAAGGGCAUCUUACUCUUCCACAGACUUUAAGCCCCGAAGCAGUUGAUCUUAUAACAAAGUUGCUUGAGGUUGAUGGGAAUGCAAGACUUGGAAGCCAAGGUUCUGAUCCCAUCAAAAGUCACCAGUGGUUUGAUGGUGUUGACUGGAAGAAAUUUGCAGAGGGUGACUUCCCUGUUCCUCAUGAGAUUACUUCUCGUAUAGCUCUACAUUUGGAAAAUCACAUAGAGGACUGCUCAAUUCCGGAUAUUUGUCCAUGUGAAGACACAGCGGAACUCAACACUCACGAAUGGCUUGAAGACUGGUGAAAAGUAUUUUUGUAUGGUGUUGGCCGUGUUUUAUCAUUUGCUUGAGCUCUCUGAUGGUAUUGACCCAAGGGUUAAUUGAAGUUUUCAAUCUGGGAUUCAACAAAUCGAAUGAAAAAACGGGUGGACAGUUUUUGGACCAGGAUUUGCUUGCACUACUAUCUUCCUUCUUGACCAUAACACUGGAGAAAAUUGGUUUUUGGGGUGCUUGUAGCCCCAUCAACAGCAUUUAGAGCUCAGUUAUGCAGGUCAGUGAGAAUUCUUUUCUGUAAAUAUAUACAGAUAUAUGUACACAUGUAUUUUUGUCCUGAGCGAAGUUCUGUUCCAUGUCAAAUAUUGUCAGUGACAGUUAAUUGUGCACCAGAUUGGCAUGGCUGAGCCACGGCCUCAUUCUUUCUUGUAUA